AUGAAAGAGGCGAGGCGGCUGGGUAAGAGGGCUUACCUAGCCUACGACACCCUCUACAUCGACGGAACUGCUGUCAUGGGUUUAAUAAGGGACAUAAUUACAAUCACGGUGGCCGAUAUCCGGGAAGGCCAGGAGGCUUCAGGGGUCAUCACUACUAUAAAGGUCAAGGUCAACGUCAUAACUACUACAAAGGUGCCGGCAAUGGUCCACGAUACUGGGGCCAAGGUCAAGAUCAAGGGUCAAUGGGACAACAAGUGUAAUUUUGUGUUUUGCGUUUUUACAGGAUUUGGCCGCGGCGGCUUUGGCAGACAUACAAUCGUGAAGGAAGUCCCAAUUAAAGUUCCAAUCUACAAGAAAAUCAUCGUUGAAAGGCCUGUGUAUACCCCGGUGUACAAAGAUGUUCAUGUAGGUGUUCCUGUUCCAAAGGGCUCAAGCGGGGGCGUUGGGGGAGGUUUUCCGGGACACAAUCCAGGAGCCUGGUACCCACAGGGACCCGGGCCAAAACCGAUCGCCAUGCAAGCUAGAUCCGAGCCUGUUACAAGAAUAGCAUCCCCACGCCGUGGCCUUGAUCUUAACGCUAACAUCGACAUUAACGGCCCGGGGCUGGACUUCGGCCUUCGUCUCGAUGGUAACAACGGGUUUAACGGCGGAAAUAACGGACCGAACGGAAAUAAUGGAUUAAAUAACGGUUUAGACGGAUUGAACGGAUUAAAUGGAUUCAACGGAGGGAAUAACGGACUUGGCGGAGGAAAUAACGGAUUCGGCGGAGGUAAUAACGGAUUCGGCGGAGGAUUGAACGACCCUGGAUUUGGGCUUGGGAGCUCAGGCCUUGACCUAGCUUUUAGUGGUCUGGACCCAGGACUUAACAUUGACAUGGGCCUCGGAGCAAGCUUUGGAGGUUCUGGCAUGAAUAUGGGACUGGGACCCGCUAUUGACAUCGCAGGAGGUGGAGGUCAAGGCAUUGCUAGCGGACCCACUGAAACAAUAAUGACCAGUAACAUCCAGAUCAUGGAUGCAGAUACUGUGACGACGAACUCCCAGUCAAACACAGCAAGCAGCCAAAGUCAAAAUGCCCACGUGUCUCUUUCGUCACAACUAGGUGUACAUGACGCCGAUACCGUGAGCAUCGGAGGACCAGGAGGUUUAGGAGUUGGUGGAAUGGGAGGGAUGGGCGAUAUGGGAGGGAUGGGCGCAGGGCACCAAAACAACGAUCUUGGGCUCGGGCUCGACGCUCUAGGCAACGUUGAUCUCGCGAGCCUUGGAAUAGAUAUUGGUUCUCUUGGAGGCGCCGGUGCAGCUGCUCUAGACAUGGCGGCAAUGGCCGGUGGUCAGCACGCCGGACUUGGAUUUGGCUCGGGGCUAGGAGGAGGAGCGUUUGACUUAGGCGCUGGUGGUGGCGCUGGCGGCGCCGGUGGGGCUCUUGAUAUGGGUCUUGGCGGUCUAGACUUUGGUUCUGCCCUUGGCAUUGAUCUUGGAGCUAACAACAAUGGCGGUUUGAAUAACAAUGGUUUAAAUAAUCAAGGAUUAAACGAUCUCCUCAACAAUGGCCUAGGAUUAAACAACAACAACAAUGGCCUAGGACUAAACAACAUCAAUGACCUAGGAUUUAACAACAACAAUGGCCUAGGACUUAACAACAACAACAAUGGCCUAGGACUAAACAACAACAACAAUGGCCUAGGACUUAACAACAUCAAUGACUUAGGAUUUAACAACAACAAUGGCCUAGGACUUAACAUCAACGACCUAGGAUUUAACAACAACAAUGGUCUAGGACUAAACAACAACAACAACAACAAUGGUCUAGGACUUAACAUCAAUGACCUAGGAUUUAACAACAACAAUGGCGGUGCCGCUCAUGAUCAGCUAGCAACAGCAGCAACACAUCAAGGUCAGCGCGGGUCCUUGGUUGGAGAACCAGUUGCGAUCGUAAGCCUCGGAAGUCAGGGACAUGGCUCCAGCAGCCAAGCGGGCGGAAUUGCUUUCGACAGCCUCGGUCAUGGUGCUGCCUCCGGUAGCCUAGGGCGUGGCAUUGGCGGUCACGUGUAA